AUGAAGGCUCAAAAUUUAGCCCCGGCUAUUCUGUGCCCAUUUGUUGCGUACGCAUUGCCCAAUGCCCGCAGGCACGGAUGCGGCAGGCCACCGCCAAGUGCAACGGCGACUUCAUCAACGACGGCCUUAUCUCAGACAUCGAGUCAGGUUGCGGGCUAUCCUACGCUCGUCUCGUCUUCUGGCCAGGCGAUUACUCCGGGCUCAACCGUGCUUUCCACGGAUCUGUCGACAUUCUCAGCUAUACCGACCGAAAAACUGUCUACUACCGUCGCGUCCGACAUUGUUACAGUCGUCCCGUCGAGCACAGCAACAUUGGAAUCCACAACUGCAGAAGCUUCAACCAGCACCAGAGCAAGCCAGAUUGUCAGCGGCUUGUACAGUGAAGCAACUCAGAUUUCCUUCAAGGUGCCUGCGACCGAACAGUGUGGGAACAACGACAUCCUCACGCUGCCAGGAAUGCCAUGGGUGGUCGCCAACUCCAUGUACAACGCCGACCAGAUGGUCGGCUCGCAGUGUACCAACUUUGAAAGCAUCCUCGAGGCCACGGACGGCACCCGCGAGGUAGUCUGGAACAGCGUCACUGAUAUCGACCUGGUCGACUCGACCAAGGACCUCUGCAAGGGAUAUACCAACAUCGGCGUUGGAGUCAACCUGAACAAGAAGCUCAGUGCCAUAACUUCGAUUCCUGCAUUUUUCCAGUGGAGCCGCACCAACACCACCGAAUUCAGGGGAAGCAACGUGUUCGACUUCAUCACCGCCCCGACCCCGAGCGACACGGAAUCGACGGCGACGUCCGAGUUCAUGCUCUGGAUCCGGAUCUGGGGCGGGCAGGUGCCGAUCGGGUAUGCCGAGGGCCCCGUCGCGACGCUCGACCUCUUCGGCGCCAGCUGGAAGCUAUACGAAGGGCAGAAACCGGCCAGCGGGGUGACCGUGCGGAGUCUGCUGGUCGACGAGGGUUUCGAUGGCGUAUUCCAGGGCGAUUUGAAGGACUGGCUGGACGCCAUGGCGCAGAAGGGCUACAUCGCGGACAGCGACUAUGUCACCGUGGGCAACGCCGGCUCUGAAGUCUUCUACGGCAGUUCAGUCAUGAAUGCCACUGUCGCUUUGGACAUCAAGACUUAG